GGGGACAUCAACGAGGACCCCCGUGUCUUCCCAAGAGGCCGCCCUCCUCUGCCCCACGCCCUCGCGCGCACGCCGCCAAGGAGGUGGAGGUGGAGGACCGGCCACUCCCCGAUGCGCUGUUGCCCAUCUCGUUGGGCGUCUUCGCCCAGAUGCUGGGGGAGGGCAUCGCCAUCUCCAGCCUGCCCUACCACAUGACGCGGCUCGGGUCGUCGCCGAUGAUGGUGGGGCUGGCCACCUCCGCCUUCUCCGUGGCGCAGAUGGUCUGCUGCCCGCUGCUAGUGCCCAUGUCUGGCCGUGUGGGCCGCACCCGGGUGCUCCGCGUCUGCCUCGCCGGCGCCACGGCCUCCAGCCUGCUCAUCGCCUUCUCGCGCUCCUCGACCUGGGGGAUCAUCCUGGGCCGCAUGCUGGCUGGCGUGUUCGCGUCCUCGGUGCCGCUGGCGCAGGCGGCCGUGACGGACAUAGUGCCGAGUAGCCAGGCGGCCCUCGCCCUCAGCCGUGUCUCCGCCGCCGCCCAGCUCGGGGUGGUCGUGGGGCCCGCCGCCUCGGCCAUCCUGCAGGAGACCUUCCGGUGGUUCGGCGUGCCCUCCUCCCUCCUGCUGACCUUCACCUUCGGGGCGUCGGCGGCGUUCGCGCUCGCCAUCCUCGCCCUGCAGGGGAAGAUCCUAGCGCGGCUGGCGGUGGCCGACGAGCGGAGGCGCAGCGAGCCGGACGCGGCGCCCGGCAGAAGGCCCGUGGUGCGCUACGACGCGGACGGGCGCGCCAGGUUCUUGGCGGGGACUGCGCCCCCGCAGCCGGGCGUGCAAGGCCUCCUCGCGCAGCCUCUGCUGCGCUUGGUGGCGAUGUUCGUCAGCUGGUCGCUGACGCUGAGCGUCUCUACCUACGGCCUGUUCGCCCCCCGCAUGCUCGGGUACAGGCAGCCCCAGCUCAGCGCGACCUUCACCGCCGGGGCGGCCUUCGCAGUCCUGGUGCAGGUGCUCUUCCCCAGGCUGGUCAAGCGGGUGGGCGCUCACGCGGCAUGCACGCUGGGCCUCCUCGGCAUCAGCGCGGGACUCUCGGGUACCUCGCUGGUCCAGUGGCAGCCAGCCCACUCCGCGCUCUAUCUGGUCAACCGCGGUGGCUCGGGCAUAGCCGACACGGCGACGGCCACGCUGGUGACGCAGACGUCCAAUAGCAGAGAGGAGCGCUCCCGCAACCUGGCGCUCAUCCAGUCGACGCGCGCGUUUGCGCGCAUAUUCACGCCCAUCGCCUCGGGCAUGCUCUUCGACUACAGCUGCCGCUUCGCCCGCGCUCCCGGCGCGCUGCCCUACCUGUGCGCCGCCGGCUGCCUCCUGCUGCUGGCCCCGGUGCCCCUGUGGCUGCGGCGGGCGGCGCGGAAGGAUUAGGCCGGCCCGCGGCGGGCGGCGCCGCGGGCGGGCGGGGCGGCCGCUUGAGGGGAGCGGCGGGGCCGCCCGGGGGGGCCACGGCGCCGCGGCGGAGCGCGGCCCCGCGGCGGCCUCCAGGAGCUCGAGCUCCAGGACGAGCAGUUCUCCGACGAGAGCGCCCGCGCUUCGCCAUCGAUUUUCUCCUGAGCCCCGGCCCUGCGCUCGCGGCGCGCACCAAGGGGGCGGCGCGGCUGGGGGCGGCCCUCUGAGCAGGCGGGGGAGGGCAGCCUCCAAGAAGCAGGUGGCUUCUCGCAAGCCCGCCCCGCUUCUAAGAAGCCCUCUCAGACGCCCCCGGCCCCCCAGGCCACAACGACGCCGAC